AUGAGAAAAAAAUCUCUCUCUCUCUCUCUCUCUCUCUCUCUCUCUCUCUCGAGAGAGAGAGAGAGAGAGAGAGAGAGAGAGAGAACUGAUCGUCCACGUCCUGAAGUUUGUAAUAUUUACUUACACUGUUCUUUACUUAUUUAUGUAUCUUUUUACUUCUUUUUUCUUUCCUUUCAUUCUUUCUUUCUUUUAUUUUUCUUUCUUUUUUCUUUCUUUCGUUCGUUUUUUUUUUCAUUUCUUUCUUUGUUUCCAUUCUUUCUUUCUUUCUUUCUGUUCGCUGUUGUUUUUGUUUCUUCAUGUCACUAUUGUACACCCCCGUCUUUUUUGUAUAACCUUCUAAAUUUCUUUCUUCCUUAUUUUCUUUUGUUUGUUUGUUUUCUUUCUUUGUUCUUGCUAUAUUUUUCACUCUCUUUUUUAUAUAACCUUCUAAAUUUCUUCCUUCCUUCCUUAUUUUCUUUUAUUUGUCUGUCAGUUUGUUUGUUUGUUUGUUUGUUUGCUUCUUUCUUUCUUUCUUUCUUUCUUUCUUUUCGUCAUUGCCUGUUAUUUUCUUUUGUUUAUAAACCUUUAUAUGUUUUCUGUUUUGUCGUUUUCUUUCUUUAUUCUUUUUUACUUCUGUAUUCUUUCUUUCUUUCUUUCUUUUUUUUAUUUUUUGUUCAGCAUGUUACUAUUCUUCUCUCUCCUCUUCUUUCUUUUUUUAAAAUUAUACAGUUUUGUAUUAUUUCGUGUUUUUUAUUGUUGUCUUUGUUUCUUCUUUCCUCCUUCCUACUUUCCUUUCCUUUCUUUCUUUCUUUUCUUUCUUUCUUUCUUUCUUUCUUUCUUUCUUUCGUUCCUCUUUUCUUUCUUUCUUUCUUUCUUUCUUUCUUUCUUUCAUUCCACUGUUUUUGUUUCUUCAUGUUGGUAUUUUUCUCUUUUACUCAUCUUUCUUUGCAUAGAUCUAAAUAUUUUCUUUAUUUUUUUCAUUUUCGUUCUCUUUCCCUUUCUAUGGCCUUUUGUCCUUCUUCUCGAUUGCCUUCCUUCUUCUUUCUUCAAAUUCUUCAUAAUUUUUCUUCUUUUACGUUUUCUUCCAUCUCUUCCUCUUUUAUUUUUCUUAAUUUCAUUUUUUCUUCUUAA